CAUGAUUUGAGAACAUGGGGAGCUUGCAGUCGACGCCGACACCAGCCCCGCCGCCAACUGCACCCUCCGAGCCGGCGCCACCUCUUUCAGAUGUGCCAUCGUCAAUGAUCUCUCUUAGCAUCAGCGUUGACGGUCCCUCCAACCUACCGCGCUCUCCGGCACUAGAAGUCAUCCGGUGUGCGGAGCUCCUUCGAGGAAUCGUGGAGUUCCAGGACGGCAUACCCAGCGACAUGGUUCGUUUCAGUCGUCUGCAAGUCCCUCGACUGCCCAGCGCCGACAAACACACCGAGCCAGACGUCCACGAAGACUUUCUCGCGAUCAAUCGCGUGCUGGCGCCGUGGUACGCGACGCACGGCAUCACGAGGCUUGACCUGCUGUUCCACACACAUCGAUGCAUGCAUCACAUCGUGCUUCUCCACAGCGUGUACUUUGGACUUAUCGACGUCAUUCGGUACCUCUUCGACAAAGGACUGUUCUUCAUGACCCAUUACCCGCACGUCGACCUCGCCGCGUUCAACAACCAGCUGCGCCUUCUCCCGUUUCUCAAUCACGUCGGGUGUCGCGGCACGUCCAAGGCCAUCGACGCCGCGGCGCAACGUGGCCAUUUGGAAGUGAUUCAGUGGCUGGUGGAGAAUCGAUUGGACGGCGCGUCCGAACUGGCGUUGGUGGGGGCGGCAGCCAACAAUCACUUGGACGUGGUGCUGUUUCUGCAUGAAAAUCGCCGAGACGGGAGUACCACUGCUGCGAUGGACCUGGCGGCCAGUCGAGGACAUCUGGAUAUGGUGGAAUGGCUCCAUGUAAAUCGAAUCGAGGGUUGUACGACCGUGGCAUUGGACGAUGCUGCGAAAAAUGGCCAUCUGGACGUGGUGGAAUGGCUGCAUUCAACAAGGACUGAAGGCGGGACUGUUAACGCCAUCAACCAAGCCGCCGCGCAUGGGUUUUUGGAGGUCGUACAAUUCCUGCAUGAACAUCGGUCAGAAGGUUGUACGACCUCAGCCGUGGAUGGCGCGGCCGCAAAUGGCCAUUUGGAGGUCGUGGCGUGGUUGUUGGAGCACCGCACGGAAGGCGGUACGAUCCACGCAAUGGAUGGAGCUGCUGGCAAUGGACAUUUGAAAGUUGUGCAAUGGUUGCAUGCAAAUCCAAGCGACUAUGGGUGCACAACGAAGGCAAUGGACGUGGCCGCAGCAAAUGGCCAUCUGGAUGUGGUGCAGUGGCUCCAUGUAAAUCGAGAGGAGGGUUGUACGACCCAGGCCAUGGACGGGGCCGCGACCCAUGGGUUUCUGGAGGUCGUCCAAUUCCUCCACACGUAUCGAAGUGAAGGCUGUACGACCCAAGCCAUGACCGGGGCGGCGCGAUAUGGGUUUUUAGAGGUCGUCCACUUUCUCUCGACCACAAGAUCGGAAGGAUGCACAACCCGUGCCAUGGACAUGGCAGCAACGUAUGGCCAUUUGUCAGUGGUGACAUAUUUACAUGCCCAUCGAUGUGAGGGUUGUACGACCGACGCCAUGGACGGCGCCGUCGAGAAUGGGUUUCUGGAGGUCGUCCAAUGGUUAUGUGCAAAUCGCAGCGAAAUGUGCACGGGGCGAGCCAUGUUUUGGGCGCUGGAACACGACCAUCGUCGCAUGGCCAUGUGGUUAAAGAGCCGGAACGUGCCAGUGUGGACUAGCGAACAAACCCAUUCAUUUCGAAUGGUGUUACGGUGUCGCAGAUGAUCGCACGACGCACGGGCCAAUCAGCGCUCGUCAUUACGUUGAACAACUAGGACCAAUCAGCGUUCGUCAUUACGUUAAACAACUAGGACCAAUCAGCGUUCGUCAUUACGUUAAACAACUAGGACCAAUCAGCGUUCGUCAUUACGUUAAACAACUAGGCCAAGU